AGAGAGAGAGAGAGAGAGAGAGAGAGAGAGAGAGAGAGAGAGAGAGAGAAAAGAAUGGGCGGAGGAGCAGGGAAUAAGCAGCUGUGGUCGUUGUAUUUCAAUUUCAUGUUGCUUGUACAGCUACAGUUGUGGUCUUCAUUGCUACCAAUCUCCUACUCAGCUGCAGUCAGACAUCUUCCUGGGUUUGGAGCUCCUCUUCCCUUUGAGUUGGAAACCGGGUACGUGGGUGUGGGGGAGUCGGAGGAUGUGCAGCUGUUUUACUAUUUCAUAAAGUCGGAGAAGAAUCCAGAGAAGGACCCUCUUGUGGUUUGGCUCACGGGAGGCCCUGGUUGCUCCUCUUUGUCUGGCCUUCUAUAUGAGAUUGGUCCACUUUCCUUCGUGGUAAAGGAAUACGAUGGAACUCUACCCAAUCUCGUUUUGAAACCACACUCAUGGACCCAGGUGGCAAGCAUAAUCUUUAUAGACUCUCCUGUUGGGACUGGAUUCUCCUACUCUACAACUUCCCAAGGUUUAUUGACAGGUGACCUCAAAUCAUCUAAACACCUAUACCAAUUCUUUACAAAGUGGAUGAUUGACCACCCAGAGUUUCUCAAUAAUCCAUUCUAUGUUGCUGGUGAUUCAUAUUCUGGCAUGAUCGUGCCGCUUGUUACUAAAGAAAUAUCGGAUGUAGCAAUUAAAGCAAAUAUAUCUAUGUUAAUGGUUGAGAUGAAUACUGAUAAUACUGUUAGUGUGGAUAAGAUGAGCAAAAGCAAGGGAAGCAGAGAAAGCAAGAUGAGCAGGUACUUCAAGGCACCCAUCAGAUUUCUGUGCAGGGCCAGGGAUUUGUACGUUCAUAGAAUGACGUCAUGUGCCGGGAAUAUGAGCUACGGAGGAGGGUAUACCGACACGACGGGUCUAUCCCACUCCACCUUGCCCAAGAGCUUCAGCGUCAGCUCCUCAAGGUCAUCCGUCUCCGUCAACGACGACGACCUCCGGGAGCUGAUGAGAGCUGCCUCCAAGAGGACACUCGAGGAUAAGUUUGGGACAGGGACAGAGUCACCAUUGCAGCAGCUGUUCUCCCCUGCAGUGCCACCAAAGGGAAUGGGAACGAUACCGAGGGCUCGGUCUCACAGCGUGGGCAUCUCCAGGAUUGAUGAGGACAUGCCUUGCGACUUCGCAGAAGACAACACUACCGAUUUCUUGUACCCAAGAAGCAGAAGCUGCGCUACUGUCACGAAGAGACCUGCUCUCUCCCGCCACUACUAG